GCUGAGACUCUCCCAGAAAAACUUCAACUCGACGGUACUCCACCACUUUUCCUCAUCCAUCUUUUAUCACAUAAGACAUAAAAUUCACUGCGUUGUUUUGGCAUGACAUCACAUCACACACAAAGCGAUCUUGAAAUGGAAUAAUUAUUAUAAUAUGUUAAAGUUAUUAGCGUUUAUAAUCUUCUAAUGAAUGUGAUCAAUCAUGUUAAGGCAGAGUGAAAUUCUAUGUCUAUUCAUAUUAUGCUUCCAGGCUGUUGUGAGCUACGACCUGCGUAUCUCAAACAAUGGCCCAGUUGUGCUGGGCGCCACCAUUUCCUUCAAGGCUGAAUUGUUGGAUAAUUAUGGACAGCUUGUCCCUGGAACCUACUGCUACAAAUGGAUGGAUAAUGCUAUGCCAAAACAUACUGCUGAGUUCCUGAGCAUAGGACCUGUCACCACUUGGAAUGUGACAUUCCCUAAAGAAGAAUACAAUCCUGGGAUUUAUGAAGUCCAAGUCACGGUUGACAAGUGUAGUGUCUUCAGGUGGACUAUUACCAGCGCCAGAGCAUUGUUCAACAUUACCUUGCUUCUUAACGGCAACAUGGUUCUGGAGCAGAACAACAGCAGCCUUCCGCUGACAGGCGACACGUAUGUGGCGAGUGACGCGCCCCUCACUCACACUGUCUCCCUCGCUCAGCCCGACGACUCAUUCAUAGCUGCAUCUGCCACACGGGUCGUCUCCUAUUGGUUCGUCGAUUGCGUCUACUACGGCAUGUCCACCAACAUGUCAUUCACAAACAGCUUUGCGGGCGCCAGCGGCCAGACCAAGGUCAUUGACACUCUUGUCAUUGUGUCCUACGACAAUACCACUGACGUCACCACCACUACGCCACCACCUACCACCACCACUACAACUCCCGCUACCACCACCUCCACCACCACUGCUGCAUCGCAUACCAAUGUCACCACUACCGAGAAAGGUAAAACUACUACAAUCUCGACCACUGCCGUUUCUUUGAAUGUUACAACACACAUUCCAUUAGUGAUGAAUGUGAGCACUCCGUCAAACUCGACCCACGACGACCAGAUCAAGUCAAAUGACCUCUCUAGCGCAGUGCAGCCAACACCCGCCCAGCCGGAGCCCAGCCACAGCCUCUAUGAGCUCGGUCGCAACUACUCUGGCGCCGGUAUUGUCCCAUUCGUCUGUCUCAAGAACGCCGAAAUACCGCUCAAUCCGAACAACACCUAUGGCUACUUCAGUAGGAGCAUCAAAAUUAGAGACCCAGUGGAGAACGUGUCGUUUGUGGGCACGAACUGGCUGAAGCAGGGCGAAAUGCUGAACAUCAGUGGCAGCUGCAGUGGGUCUGGACCGUUCCGCAACUGCGUGCAGAUGUACCCCGGCUCCUACAACAUCACCGGCCACGAGACCUGCGAGGGCGAACAGAUUCUCUCCGAUUGUCGGUUCGUCAUCAGACAUUACUUCAAGAGAGCCGACGCCUACAAGCUCGUUGUUAUCAUUUCCAACGACGUUUCUAAGAAAAUCACUCCCCUCACCGUAAAUAUAUACAAAGUAAAGAAGCAACCUCAGUUAUCUGUGAUAAUCGUCCCAGUUACUUGCAGCGCUGCCGCUGUCAUUUUAAUUGUAUUCGGAAUCGCUUAUUACAUUCAGAGUAGAAACAGGUAUACAAUAGAAGUGGCGGACUUUGAUUUCUCGCAGGCGAGUGACAUGGAGUACAAGACGUUCAGAGAGCGACUGAGAGAGGCGAUGAGCAACGCGAUCAAUCGCACGCAGGACUAUGUGGAGGAGGGCAACGUCUGGUCGCCUAGUCGAAAGUACGGCAGCAUGCAAUGAGCCGCUCUUGCUAAUCGAGGUGCUGCCUAUCCUGGCCUGCCCUCAUUUAGUGCCACUGGACUAGAAUCUGAAUAUUGUUUCCACUAUAAAACGUGGUUACCAUAAUCUCCAUCCGCUGUUGAGGCAAUCAUAAUUGCAUUUAACAUUGACGACCAUCAAACCCUCUUCAAACCAUCCAAACGUGCAACAGUUGCAGUUUUUACCUGUUUCAAACCAACAAUACUGGAAUGUCUACAGAAAUCGUCCAUUGAAUAUGGUAUUAGAUUUAUCCUAUGGAAUAAAUUCCUUUAUUUGCGGUUUGAUAAUAAUAAUCGAAUAGAGAAUCAAAUAAUUAAUAACCUUUUGGUAAAUAUAGGUAACAAUAAUCACUUUUAUAAGAAGAAAACGACCAAAAGUGAUAGCUACUAGUUAUAACUGUAAAAUCUUUUUCUAAUCUCUCAUUAAUAAUAUUUUUAUUGUAUGUUGUGAUUAUGAGCACGUCAUCUUCAAAAAUGAUAUUCGGUUCCAAACGAAGAAAGUGUUUGUACCUGUAAAUCCCUCAUAGUCAAUCAAUCUUGUUAGCGAAAAAACCUAUCAACAAUAAAAUCACACUUUUUAUUUGUAUCUUUUUCAGAAAUUCAGCUUUUUUCUGUCAAUAGUUAUAUCAAACGAGUAGGUUUUUAAACACAUGCCAUAAUCUGUAUCUGUUUAGUGAUAAGACAUCUAGCUUUCCAAUUAUAAUACAGGGAAAGAAUAUGAAUGUAAUAAGUUGUGCAUGAUCAUUCAUAACAUUUUUCAAGAAAACUACUGUUUCUGCUCCUCUAAUAUUAUAUAAAUUUAUCAAUAAAGUUUGUGAGCAAUCAUUAUUUCAUAUACAGCAGAGAAAAUGAAAUACCUACUAGAUUUUGUCUACAAUUAGAUUUUUGUAUAUAGUAUAGAUCUUUUUUAUAAAAAUGCUUGUGGAAUACUAAAAUAAAGUGGAAAUAGACAGUGACUUUAUUAGAUUAUCGUGGAGCAGAAUUUUAUUUGGCUUGUAGGAAGCACAUGAAUGGGCCGCCAUGAAGGAAACUUGUUUUCAAAUUGAAGUAAAACUUCACUACGUUUAAUAUUGAGGCAGCUAUUCACUCUGUGUUUCUUUUUAAUUGCAAGAUGUGUUUUUAAAAUAUCGAAUAUUCCCUGUAUAUUGUGAAGGCUAGUGAAGUAAAAAAUUUGAUUCUUAUUGAUCCCAUUGCAUCUGCUAAUGUAAAUUUUGUCGCGAAGAAGGCUUCUUUUAUUUCUACAGAAUUCAAUUUUCUUUUUUCUUACAGUACCUACUUAAAUUUACCAGUUUUAAUGCAAAAUAUUUUGAAAUCGGAUGACUGAUUGAAUCACUAUGUAACCUAAAAAUCGUUACUUUGUCAGAAUGUCAUGCUUUCUAUUUUAAUUUUUCUCAUUUGAUGGUAUCUCUACAUAAGAAUAUUUUUCAAAAUAAAAAUGAAUUUCUCUGUAAAAACAGUCUAAAUUCAUGAAUUUUACUGGAAGGUCAUUUAAUUUUUAAAUAUUGACAUGAACUCUGACAGAACUAAUGAAAUAUCCACUAUUAAUCGCAAUUAUCAUGAAAGAUUCUUGUAGAUCAAAUGACUAUUUUGAAAUAAUUACUUAGCUUGCUAACAUAAUUCUUGCCGAACAUAUUGAGAUAUUUGGGUUACUUCGUUAACAAUGAACAAUGCUGUUUGCAUAAAUAAAUAGAUAAAUAUAUUAUUAUGUAAUGUUACUCGACUCAUAGUUUUAUUUGAUAGAUGAUAAUGCAUAUUGAAUAGUUAGACUUGUAUGCCAAAUCUUCUUAGAGAAGUUUUAUGUUGUGAUAUUCUAGUUCUAUUUAUAUUAUACUAUAUUUUUAGUAAACAUCACAGUUUCUUUCUUGUUAAUAAUUAUUGUUAAACUCUUUCCAUGUGCUUUGACUGAUUGUUUUGUUCAUUCUAUUAUUUUGAUAAAAAAUCAAUAAUAGGCUAUCAAAAAAGAUGUUUCUUAUAUUGUAUUAAAACGCAUUCUAUACUUUCUUGAAUGCUCUCACUUUUAAUGCAGUCAGUCGAAAUGUCACCUUGGUAAAUUUAAUUAUUUUUAAUAUUAUUGUGAGAAGUGCUAAAAAGUGUAGAUCAAAAAAUAUAAUCAUUUUUAUUCUGCUACAUUUAUAAAUUCGACUUUUUUCAAAAACGUUAUUUCUAUACUUAUAGAUAACUGCGUGAGAUCUUACGAUUAUUAAAUAUUUUUUCCAAAAUGGUAGAAUUUCUUUGGUCUUCGAAAAUAUGCGUAGCAGAGUGAAUGGAUGAUUAGUAAAUGAGAGGGACUCAUUUGCUGUAGAAAUUUUUGUCUUAAUCUUAAUCUUCAAUUCAAUGUAAUCAAUAACUAAGUAAAGUUUUCCCUCACCUAGUAAAAUUGGAAUUUUUGUAAAAGAAGGGGUCAACUUCAGAGGGUUAAAACCUAAAAUUUCUUGUAAAAUUGGAUUUUUUUGUAAAAGAAAGGGUUAACUUCAGGGGGUUGGAACCUAAAAGCUUUGUACAUUUCAUAGGAAUGUUUGAGCUUAAGUAAUUUACUCAUGCUUUUUCUGCUCAGAACCCUUUCGUUUUUUUUAUCAACGUUUACUGAUUAGUAAAUUCUAAUUUGAAUAUUGUUCAGUAAUAUUACUUUCGAUAAAAGACCUUUCAAAAUCUGGGUUUGCUUGCUGCACAUUAAUGUAUUUUCAUUCAAUUAGUUAUUAUGAUGAUGCUUCUUGGCUAUUUCUGAAUCCCUCUUAUUAAAUCUAUUUUCUCAUGUGUCUUAUAUUAUUUUUAAAGUAUGCAUCACCAAGUUUUGUAGAUAGUUGUUUUUUAUUCAAUUAGGAUUGGUAUAAUUUGUAAAAAACAUGAAAAUAAACUGAGGUUUGAAACAAUCCUUUAUAUUGCUAUGUAACAAACAAGUUUUUUUACUCUUCGUAAUUAAGAUCUGUAAUAUUUUUGUCUGAUUGAUUCUUUCACACUUCAUUCUGUAGUCUUAUUCAUUAAUACUUAUUUGCUUCAAUCACCUCACUAGAGCUUCAUAUUAUAUGUAUUUUUUGAAUGCCAGUAUCAAUGAUUAUUUUCCCUUCUAAGAUCAUUGUAUAAUAAUUAUGUGUUACUAUAAAUUGAUAAUUGAAAAUAAAAUUAAUAUUUUAUCAUUGUGAGAUGAAGUUUAUGGUUAGUAUUUGAUUACUGAAAAAUUAGAAUAAAAUUUAAUAUCUUUUGUAAAUAUCCAAAAAAGUCUGUAUAAUUUGAUGUAUGAAAAUCACAUAUUCCUAAAAUGUAUGUAAAUAAAUAAAUUUGUAUGAAACAUUA